GCGUCCAGUGGUCUUCAUUGCGGUCGCAACCUGCUACGGUAGCUUCAAUUUCAUCUUCUUUGCUGUCGUUACUCCUCUAACAACCCUUCUCAUCACUGAGAACACGUCGCAGCUGGUCUGCCUGGUCGGGGCAUUGACAAUCUGACGUUCAUUCCUCCUGCGCACUGUGCAUUCCACACAUCCUUGAUGGUCUGAGCUUCACCAACCCAUCACUACAAAGCCAUUGUCCAGAUUGGAGCCGCCAUGGCCUCAGAGGUUCCGCCGCUUCGGAUUCAGAAGGGCAGCAAUGGCACCUCGCCAUCAAAGCUGCCCCGAGUAACGAACCGCCCAUUGUCCGAGCUUAGUCCCAUGGCCUUGCGCCGAAAUUCUCCUAGCUUUCCGCAGGCAAAGGGCAAGCUCUUUGGCAUCGAAAAUUCACCUGCCGACUCCUCUCCAUUCUCGGGUGUCUCACCACGUCUGUUCUGGCAGGGACGAGAUCCCAAUUCCCCUGCCAGAGAAAUCCAGAAGCUUAGCGAUACUCCUCCACCUCCUCCCACUUCCCCUACCAAGCGAUCAUCGAUUGAGAACUUGAAAAAGGCCUCGAGGGUCAAGAACAGCAGCAUGUUUGCCAUGGAACAGAGCACCCACUAUGAUCCCUCCCGUCCUACAAUACUCGACGGUCGGCCUCACAGCAUGCAAUUCUCUCGACAGCAAUCACCAUUCCGUGGUUCAGAUGUGAACCGAAAGGAAAAUGUCGCCCUAGUGGACAACUCUCCUGUACAUCCACAAGGCAAGAAGCCCUUCGAAGAGCCGGAUGCUGCGACAAAUCUCGUUGCACCUUUGUCUCCCAGCAGAUUGAACAGUCCACCAACAAAGUCGUCGCUUUCAAGGAAGACUGGAGCAGGCUUCAGAAGAAGUGGAUUUGAUCCAGAAACAGGCAUUUGGGAGGAUGACGAUGACAUCCAGAACAGACAACUUCCCGCUGGCCGCGGCUUGCACCGCCAUCAGAAGAGUGUGACUUUCGACCAGAAGCCACCCCAGGUGAAUGAGUACGAAAUGACUACCCCGGCUCCAUCUUCAUGCGCAUCCGAAUCUCGUGAAGGCAGCUAUGAAACUAAUGAUGACGACGAAGAAGAGGAGCCCAGCUUUGAGAGAGGCUCGUCUAUGGACCAGGAUGACAGCUUUGACGCGUCCCUCGAGGAUACAGACAAGACACCCGUGGUGCUUCCGGAACACUGGCGUUUCAUGAGUCCUGACACCGCGAACACAGAAUUGGCUCGCCAUGAAGAAGAUAUCUUCGAUGACGACUGCGGUAGCCCAGCUCCCACCGCUCAGCCAGGUUCACUGGCUUCUCGCCCACAUCAAACAAGCGCAAGCUCCGUCGACUCCAAUGGGCAGUCCCGUCCUCUGCCUCCUCUUCCACCGGGCGGAGGUCGAAUGUCAAGGACCGAAAAUCUGUCAGGCGCACUCGAGCGUUUGAGCAUUUCUGGACGAUCUCUUCCCACCCCGCCAAUGGCUGCAAGCAUUUCCAAGGCGGACAUUCAGAAGAUGGGAGUCUCAAGCUCUUUGACGGCCGAUGAUCGUUUGCGAUUGAUGGCAAUCCAAGAGCAAGAGCGGGAGCGCCGUCUAAGGAGGAUGGGAUCCAAAGAAAAUAGUCCCGUGCGCGGCGCGAGCCUCGAGGAGACCAACUUGCAUCACGACUUCCAGGAAGAGAUCUCUGAAUCACGGAACGCAACACCCCAGCUCUCUCGGGCUUCCGUUCUGCUAGCUUUACGUGGCCAGCCAGGUGACGACAGCCGAGAAAGCAGUGAAGAGGUGGACGAAUCGUCCAGACAGCGCGACCUGUCCUCGUAUGACCCAGAUGUGCCAAUUCCUUCGCUCGAAGAUCCAACCCAGCAACACAUCAAAGAGGAAGAGCUCGAAGAACCUGAUUUGUAUUCCAUCCCUGACUUGUAUAGUCGGCGGGUAGUUUCAGACUCAGAGACCAGCGCCAAUCAAGACGAUGAUCUCACAAGCCAGUACUCGGAGGCAUCUCAAGCACAUCUGGCUCCACCAGUCAAUCUAGGCACUGAGGAUGAACAAGACACCCCAAAGGCCCUCAGUCCGAUUCGAGAGAUGAGCUCGAAAUCUGAAAAUGCCGGUCGUGUGUCUUUGCCCGAGUUCGCCGACUUUGGGAAUGGAAGCAGCUUCGACGAGGGCUUUGCGUCGUACUUGAGUCUUAACAACGAUAGGAACAAGCCAGGAGCUGCGGCUCCACAGCCAUCCGCACUUCCUGACCUCGCAGCCCUGCGUCAGUCCAUUCAGCGAUCGUAUACGCCUGAGGUACAACAUAGGCAACACGAGAGCCAUAUGGCAGCUGCUGUUGAAGAAACUGCUCCAGGAUCUCCUGAUUCCGUUGUUCGACAUCCCCAUGCAGAGCCAAGCGCUACCGCUAAUGACGGCUCUGAUGUAUCCGAGACCAAAUCUGCAACACACGACGACAGUGACCGGUCAGUCUCCCCAUCUGACACCGGGUCGGUUCUGGUUCACGAGAAGGAGAGAUCUCCUGUCUCCCCUAUAUCGGCCGAGUUCGCCGACAAGCCCGUGGCAAUGCAAGAUGAACUGCUUCAUGAAACAACGGUCGACGAACAGCAAGCCAGGCUAGAUACCAAAGCACGAGAAAAGAACCGAGUAAGCAGUUUGGUGCAGUUAGAUAUCCCUCACGACUCCCUGGAUGAUGGUCUAGGUCUCGGUCUCGAGAGAGAGUUCGAUCGCGUGGUGGAAGCCCAAAAGGUACAGUUUGAGCUCUCGUUGCAACGCCUUUAUUACCCCUUCAAUGGACGUUUCCCAUCAAGCGAGCUUCCUGUCCCAAAGGACUCGGUGAUGCAGAACCCCAUGGAAAACGUUCCUGCUCUUCCCAAGCCCCGAGGCGCCCGUGCUAGCAUAGGAAAAGCCAUGUCCCCUGGUCGAAUUGAUUCUGAAGACACAUUUGCUAAUCGAGCUGGCCGCCGACAGAGAGGUUACCUUAUGCGACAGAACACCAAGAUUGUUUAUGCGAGUGAGCGCGUAUCUCAAGACGAAUCUCGAUCCCCCGAGCUUCCGAGCAUCCAGGAUGAGGCUUUUGCACCUCGUUCACCUGAUGCAAAUCUGGUCCAGGCUUCCCCACGUAAAACCAGCCAACCUACAUGGACUGCCGAGCCUUGGAAUGGUAAGAUGAGAAGGAAAAGCAUUCGUGUUGGUGGUGAAAAGGCUGUGAGCAAGAGGAAGCCGGCUGAAGGCGCCAUGCCACCACUACCAGGUCAAGUGAGCAACGUUCAGGAAACUCUCGACUCUGUAGCUGAAGAUGAGAUUGCCGAGGACGAUGACUGGGAAGAUGGUGCUGAACGCGGCCGGUUGUUCGUGAAGGUUGUUGGCGUCAAGGAUCUGCAAAUGCCAUUUCCAAAACAUGAACGGACCUACUUUGCCCUAACGCUUGAUAACGGACUGCACUGUGUGACCACUGCUUGGCUGGACUUUGCUCGAAACGCACCAAUCGGUCAAGAAUUUGAGCUGGUUGUCUUGAACGAACUUGAAUUCCAACUCACACUCCAGAUGAAAUUGGAUGAACCUAAGAUUGAACGACCGCAAUCACCCAGUAAACCGCCCUCCUCACCUAAGAAACAAGGCGCGUUCGGCAGGCUAUUUGGGUCGCCAAAGAAAAAGAAGGAGUCAGAGUUGAAGGCGAUGCAAGAAGCUCAAGCAGUCAGAAGACCAGUGACACCUCCUUCUGCUUACGAGUUGGUUCAAGGUCUCGUUGCAAAGGACGGAUCCUUCGCUCGUGCCUAUGUCUCGUUAAGCGAGCAUGAGAAGCAUACAUAUGGCAGACCAUACACUGUUGAUAUUACCUGCUUCAACGAAUGGGCCUUGGAAGAGGUGCACGUCGGCAGCUCACGAAGCAAGAAAGGUGUCGUGACCCAGCUCCAGCGCCGUCCACCGUACGAAAUCGGCAAACUCGAAUUGCAGCUGUUGUAUGUGCCCAAGCCAAAAGGAGCCAAGGAUGAAGACAUGCCAAAAAGCAUGAAUGGAGCGGUGCGUGCACUUCGAGAGGCUGAAGAGCGCGUGCAGCAACAAGCAAGCAUCAAGAGUUUCGAGGGUUAUUUGAGUCAGCAGGGAGGAGAUUGUCCAUACUGGCGACGGCGAUUCUUUAAGCUUGCAGGCUCCAAGUUGACUGCUUUCCAUGAGACUACUCUUCAACCACGGGCGACCAUCAAUCUUGCCAAAGCGACACGCCUCAUCGAUGACAAGUCGGCAUUGGUGCAGAAAGAGACGUCUACGAAAGGUGGAGGUCGACGGAAGAGUGGCUUCGCAGAGGAAGAGGAAGGUUACAUGUUUGUUGAAGAGGGUUUCCGCAUUCGGUUCGCCAAUGGAGAAGUUAUCGACUUUUACGCCGACUCGACUGCCGAGAAAGACGAAUGGAUGAAGGCCCUUUCCCAAGUCGUCGGCAAGAAUGUGCAAGGCUCAGCGGCGCAGAUCAAAGGCUGGACCGAAAUGGUUCUCAGACGCGAGAGGAAGCUGAAGGCCGAAAUAUCAACAGGGUUCCGACCUGGUCAUGCACGAACUGAGACGUAUGGAGGCCGUAUGAGUCAGGCCAACAGUCCUGUGAAAUCAAGGUCUGGUCCGCAUGAACAUCGGAAAACCAAGAGUAUGCAUGCAUGAAGAAGAGGUCAUUCAGAGACAACAAAGGUGUUUGGGGUGUUUAUUGGACAAGGGGUGACUUGUUGGAUUAGGCGGCGUUCUCGAGUUCGAGUAUUUAUUUCGAGGCGCUGGAAGACCACUUGAUGGCGGUCAGAUUAUGGAUUUUAUGGACGAAUGACUUCAUGCAAGACACACAAUGGAAUAGCCAGAGGUCGCGAGUGUGGACUGUACGAAAGCACCUUUCUUUCGGUUGCAGCAUGAUUGUGAAUAAAUAAAGAAAUGUUUCGACAUUUUGAGCAGAGAACGUUGUUGCCUCGGGCGCCCAAUUAAUUGAUAUUAGCCAA